GGCCGCCAUGUCCCUCCUGUCCGGCGACCCGUCCAUGUUUUCCCGAUCAGAGAGCAUGAUCCGCAUCAACCUCCUUCGCGCCGGCAUCACGAAGACCAUGCGGCUGAGCACCUUCGACACGGUGGCCUCCCUGCGCAUGCAGCUGAUCGAGUCCAACCGGGCAUACUACCCGUCGCCCAACUUCGGGCUCUUCUUCUUCUCGCCGCUCGCCGGGGCGGAUGACGCGGGCACCGGCCCGGCCGGCACCCCCGGCCCGGCCGGCGCCUCCGGCCCGGCCGGCUGCGACACCCCCCUCCGGCCGAGCGGCUCCAGCCAGUCGCUCAGCUCCCUGCCCGGGGGCGGGCCGGCCCGGCUGCUGGAGGAGGCCGGCUUCCUGGACGACCGGGUGGCCCUGCUGGACUACGAGUUCCCGGCCGGCACCACGCUCUACCUGGUGCCCAUGACCCGGACCCCGCCGAAGAUCCCCGGGUUCCAUGCGGCCCCGGUGACCAUGCCGGACAUCCCCCGCUUCGACAUCCAGUCCAUGGAGUCCUACCGGCCGCCCGGGGCCUCGAGCGCCGAGCGCUCCCUGCUCAAGGCCAACAGCCGGGACAAGCGUGUCCUGCUGAUGCAGCUCAUCCGCAAGGGGGAGCCCUCGCUCAACAACAUCCGGCGCCUCCUGCGCAACGGCCUGGACCCGAACUUCCUGGAGUCCUCGCUCGGGGGCGACGCGCGCCCGGCGCCACCGCGCGCGUGCUUCGACGCCUUCGGCGACGAGGUCGAGGACAUCGAUGAGGCCCUGCAGUAUGAUGACCACUCGCCCCUGUCGAUGGCCGCCAUGCUGGACGCCGUGGAUCUGAUCCGGCUACUGGUGCUCGAGGGCGGAGCGCAUGUCGACUUCGCCAACCUCCGCCGACACACGGCCCUGCACCUGGCGGUGCGAGCCAACCGGCCCCAGUCGCUGGCGGUGCUGCUGCACCUGGGCGCCAGCCCGGACGGCCUGGGGCUCACCCCGUCGGCCCUGUCCGAGGCGGAGAUCGCCCGGACCGGGCACGUCCUGCGCACGCCCCUCUACGACGCAUGCUACCAUGGCAGCCGGCGGGCCUGUGUCCUGCUCCUCCUGCGGAACGGCGCCACGCUCGACAUUGCCGACGCCUUUUUCAACCCCCUGUCGAUCGUGGCCCCCAGCCCCGGGGGCGGCUCCUCCGGCCAGCCGUCGGCCUACCCCCGCCGGUCGGAGCUGUCGCUGUCCUGCGCACACGGCGACUACGAGACGUCCCAGCUGCUGGUCAACUACGGGGCGCGGAUCCGGUCGCGGGACGCGGUCCUCGGCCAGACGCCGCUGCACUUUGCCGUGAGCGCCCUGCUGGGGAAGCUGCGCCAGUCGCCGGUGCCGCUGAUCCUGCCGGCAUCGGCGGUGGCGGCCUCCGCCUCUUCCGCCUCCUCCCGGUCUUCGACCUUUGCCCGGCCGCCCGGGACCGGGACCGGGGCCGACGCCGACGCGGCCCCGGCCCCGGCCCCGGCCCCGGCCCAGCCACACCAGCAGCCGCUCAAUGCCAUCCCCAACAUCUCCGGCUACCUGUCCAUCAUCAAGCUGCUGCUGUUCGAUGUGGACAUGAGUGACUUUGUGGAUUGCCAGUGCGCGGACGAUGUGGCCUCCCUGUACCCGGACCCGGGCCCGGCGCCGGGGGACGGCCCGGCCACCACGGUGGCCCCCGGCUGCACCGAGUGCCAAACCACCGGGCAACUGGACAUCACCGGGUUCGCCGGGGCCGGGCCCGGGGCCGGGCCCGGGGCCCCCUCCUGCCGGGCCAUGCUGGCGGCCUUCUUCCAGGAGUUGAACUUGGUCCUGCCGACGCCGCCGCGCGCGCCCACCGGCCAGGAAGCCCAGCCGACCCUCUGGUCGCGGGUGGACAUCACCCAGACCCUGGCCUGCCUGGGGGCCGAGCUGUCGGCCCUGGUCAGCCUCUCGGCCCCGGGGGACACCUCGACCAUCGACCAUCUGGCGCUCUUCCUCCUGGAGCAGGAGGUCUCCCGGUCCGGGCUCAAGGGCCGGGUGUACUCGCUGGCGGCCCUGGUCCCGCCGGUCCGGCGCCUGUUCCAGCUGGUGCUCAUGUAUGAUUGGCUGCUGGCGCGGCACCUGCUCAGCCACAUCCGGCCCUAUGACCCGGAGCAGGAGGGCGCCCUGCCCAGCAGCUCGGCCCUGCCGCUGGGGGCCGGCGGCCGGGAUCAGGACUUCUCCGACCAGCUGCUGACCAUGCGCCGGUGCGUGGCCGCCGGGCCGAUGCCGCCGCCGGCGGCCGCGCGCCUGCUGGACCCGUCGUUGCACUUGGGCCGGGCGCCGGCCGCCGCCCCGCCCGCGGGCGCAUCCUCGUCACUGGUGGCCGGGGCCGGCGGCACCACCACCCCCACCACGCCGCUGAUGCCGGGCCGGGGCCACCUCCACUCGAGCAGUUCCGGCGGCGGGGGUCCCCCGUCCGGGGCUCGCCUCGGCUCCGACUACCCCCAGCCCCCGUCCUCCGCCGCCUCCUCGUCUUCCUCCUCCUCCUCCUCCUCCGCCGCCGCCGGGGCCGGCGGGUCCUUCGGGGAAGCCCUCUCCAUGAGCAUCCGGCCCCUGUCGCUGGAGCAGUCCGAGCGGCUACGCCGCACCGGCGGCGGCGGCCCCGGGCAGCCGGUGCACUACCUCCAGCGCCCGGUCCAUGUGCCGCCCCCGCCGCCCAUCGGCUUCCGCGGCAUCUGCCCCUGA